AUUUUUUGUUUAAAAUUAAGAAAAAUUUCAAAAUGCAUUUGACGCCGUUUCUACGCUUAUUGUUUUUUCAACAGUUUUGCACCUUUUGCUGUUUUGCCAUAAAUCAAUACCCCAGCUAUGAUGACAUGCCAACGACCACCGAUCGAAAUUUUUAUACAAACUCAUUAAUCUGUAUGGAUAUAAAGCCGCAACAUUCUGUGGAUAUUGAACAAAUCACCGGACUGUGGUAUGGAAACGAGAUUAUUGUUCACACACAGGAUAUACCCGGUGUAUACGAGUAUCAGAGUUGUGUAAUAAUUCAUCUCAACGAUAUAACAGAACAAAUGCGCAAUCACUACAGCAGCAGUCAAUACGCUCAACAAUACAAUCAACGGCGUUCACAAGAUCAGCAACAACAACAACAACAGCAACAACAUCAAAUUCAGCUACACAAUACAUACAAUGAACGCAGUGCACCAAGAUAUUUACGACUAAUUUGGAGUGAAAGUGAUAAUAAUCUCGAAUAUAUGUUCAAUUACACCGAGAGAAGUCCAGGACUGUGGAAGAAUAUAGCAGAGCAACGUGGCUCUCUGGUGGCGCUCAAUCCUUACAAGCAAUUCACUGGCACUGUACAGGUGGUGAAGGCUGUUAACGAUCAUUUGGUUUUGACAUUCUGUGGCAAUGACAUGGCAAGCUCCAUUUACACGUUGGUACUGAGUCGAACGCAAAAGGGACUGAGUUUGGAGGAGUUACGCAGCAUACGCGGUCUCUUAUCCCGCCGCGGUUUGUACACGGAAACAAUUCGGAAGGUGUGCAGCUCCGCAGCUACGACAACGACGAUAAUUAACUCCGUCUUGCUGCCACUAAUUGCCUGUUUUGCUAUGUUCAAAUCAUAUUUUUAGGUAUUGAUAACCAUAAUUGCUCUUAAAGUAUUUGAAAUUAUUUACCAUUUGUAUGCGCCUAAAUUGAUGCAAUAACUUUCGGUAUUUUCACAGUAUACUGAUUUCAUAUAUUUAUUUGUUUGUAUGUAUGUAUGUA